AUGAAAAAAAUUAAAUCGUCUUGUGACGUCAAUGACAAAGAGAAUGUUUCAAAUGAAUACGUGAUAGUAGAAGAACAGAAGAAAAAGACUAAGAAAAGGAAGAAGGUUGAAGAAAAGGAAUUCGAUACAACAGAAACCAGUGAGUGUGAGAAAGAAGUCUGUCUGAUUUGUAAGGAAAAUAUAAAAAUCAAAGCAGCACUGCCUUGUGAGUGCAUAUUCUGCCACUACUGUAUCAAUAAACACCUAAAACGAGGCCGAUUCUGUCCAGGAUGCUAUUCAAAUGGAAUAACACACCUGGAUAUCAAGGUAAAUAAGAAGAAGUUUAGAACAGUACAGAAAAUAACCAAGAAAACAGAAGGGAACCUGAAGAAAGUUCUAAAGGAGCACAAAAUAGACGUAUCUGGAAGCAAAAGCAUGCUCAGGUGGAGAUACGACCAGCUUGUGUGCUACCUGGAGACACAAGCAUAUAAAGAGAGGCCAAUUGUGAAUGAGAAAGUUGCCUACAAAAUAACAAAAAAGGAAUUAUCCAUUUAUGAUAGGAAAAAGAAGACAGGUGAAGAGAAAGAGGUGCAGCAAAAGAUAAAAGAACUGAUUCAGAAAGCUCGGAAAAAUAUCAAACCUGAUGAGAUGAAUAAAUAG